UGCUGCUCUCACUGCUCAAAUAUUAACAACGGGUUUCUGGGAACCAAUGCCGCUGCUCUGGGACAAGCCCAAACUGUGGAGGCAGCCGGGCUCAGUGGUUUGUGGACAGGCAGUCUGCCGCUGCUGCUGGAGGCACCGCUGCAUCUAAGAGCCUGAUGGAGGAGGAGGUCACAGAGCCCGAUCCUCAGACAGUGGAGCCCACCGGCAUGCCGCCGCCGGGGACCCACUCUGAGGUAAAUGGAGACUUGCCGGGCAACCCAUACCUGAGGGACGGGGCGGUGGACGUGAUGGAGAGUCCAGCGAGGGAGCCUGUUGUGCUGCAGGAUCCUGCUGAGUACAGUCAAAGCCACCAGUAUGGGGAGAAGAUGCCGUUCCACCAUGUGACGGCAGGCCUGCUCUACAAGGGGAACUACCUGAGCCGCUCACUGUCAGACAGUGACAGUGACGUGCUGGCCAGCAUCUCUGUGGAGGAGCUUGAUGAGAUCCGGGAGGCGUUUAAGGUGCUGGAUCGUGAUGGAAACGGGUUCAUUUCCAAACAGGAGCUGGGUAUGGCCAUGCGCUCUCUGGGUUACAUGCCCAGUGAGGUGGAGCUGGCCAUCAUCAUGCAGAGACUAGACAUGGAUGGUGAUGGACAGGUUGAUUUCAACGAGUUUAUGACGAUCCUUGGACCCAAGCUCCUAUCGUCUGAAACGAGAGAAGGCUUCCUGGGCAGCACAAUAGAUACCAUCUUCUGGCAGUUCGACAUGCAGAGGAUCACCCUGGAGGAGCUGAAACACAUCUUGUUCUACGCCUUCCGCGACCACCUGACCAUGAAGGACAUUGAGAACAUCAUCAUCAACGAGGAAGAGAGCCUGAAGGAAAAUUCUGGAAACUGUCAGACAGAGUUUGAGGGAG